CUUUCGGAACUUCGGAAGAGGCAUGGACGAUCGCAGAGGCACAAUGUCUGUUAAAAUUACAAAUGGCCGGGUCGACGGCAUGGUUAACCUGGCCGGGGACAUUCCACCGUCAAAGGUGCCAAGGGUCGACCUUGUGGCCCUCGCGGAGCAAAUCCAAACAGCGGACAGCUUUGUGCAGGCAAGCGUGUCCAACAAACUGUCCGUCAUCGUGGAACAGGUGAGGUUCCUCCAGAAGCAGGCACAGGCCAUCUUGGAAGAGGGCAAACGUAACGCGGAUCUGCAUCAUGCUGCCUGCAACUUCAAGAAGGUUCCUGGAUCGACGUACUAUCUCUACAGGAGGCAGACUGGCCAGAAAUACUUUUCCAUGAUAAAACCCGAGGAAUGGGGAACGUCCUGUCCGCACGAAUUCCUAGGAGGCUACAGACUCGAGUACGAUAUGUCCUGGACACCACUCAAAGACUUGGAGCGUUUCGAUCAAGAUAGGAACUGUGUCAGGCACAUUGCACAGCUAGUGCAGGGAGAGUUGGAACCAAUGGCCAUUGCAGAUUCCUUGUCAUCGUUUAAACAACAUAACUAGUCAAAAUAUAGUCGUAUAUGCUUUCUCAAAAUUUUAUGAGGGUAAAACCACGCUGUAUAUUAUGUACAUAAUGCAAAUGCUAAAGUGCGUCUUACUGUUUCGUGGCUUUCAAUGAUUAAUGCGGCCUGUUAUUAACGGUCAAUAAAAGUACCAGAACGUUUCAACUUA